GCGUGUCAUUACGAGUUUAAUUAUCUACCAGAAAGUAUUUAAUUCGAAUUUAAAUCAAAUAAUUAAGAUGAAAAUGUUGGGAAUAAGGAAGAAGAAAAAGAAGAAAAGAAAAGGGAAUGGGAGCAAAAUGUUUAAAAAAAUUGGAGGAGAAUAUGGUGGGAAAUUGGAACGACUUUCUUGGAUCCUGUGAGAGGCAUUUGUCACUGCUACUGUGCUAGAAAAUAACAAUAUUUGCCAAUUUGCUAGACACAAAGAUAAAGGGUACCCCCAAGGAAUGAUGAAAAGUAGAACCAAAAGAAAAGGAAAACUUAAAUCCCAAUAAAACCAAAAGGAUUGUAUUAGACAAAGGUAGAAUACCCCAGCAGUAGCACCACUGCAGCUGCAGGAGGUGAGAGAGAGACACAAACAGAAAAAACUAGAGAGAGAAAACCAGCCAUGGAAAUUGAAAUUGAAAUCCAAAGAUUAUAUUAGUAGAGAGAGAGAGAGAGAGAAGGGAGGAGAAGAAGUAUGUAUUUCUUUGCUUCUUUCUUUCUCUCUCUAGUUUCUCUCACUAGAAUUUGAAGUCCACCAAGAAAUCCCACUGGAGCAAAAGACCUAAUGAUGGUGAUCAUGAAACACCCUCUGCCCCCAGCACUCCUGAAAAGCACUUCUCUCUUGAACAGAAGCAGCCAUCAAAACCUCUCUUCCCUUAAAUUUCCUAACACUCUUUCCCUCUCACUCUCACCCACCACCUCCUUCCCCACACCCCCUAAACCAUGAAAGUUCCUUCCUUUUCCUCCUCCUUCCCUCUCUCUCUCAUCCUCUUCUUCUCUCUCCAGACCUCCAUAACUCUCUGCUCUUCUUCCUCUUCUUCUCUCUCUUUCCAGCUCAUUGCUCUGCUCUCUCUCAAGUCCUCCCUCAAAGACCCUUUCUCCUCCUUUCACGACUGGGUUCUGCCCAAUUUCCAACAAAACGGCGGCGUCUCAGGUUGGUGUUCGUGGUCCGGCGUUAAAUGCCACCCCAACACCUCCCAAGUCGUCGCCCUCGACCUCUCACGCCGCAACCUCUCCGGCCAAAUCCCACCUCAAAUCCGCCAACUUUCUUCCCUAAUCUACCUCAAUUUGAGCGGCAACGCCUUCGACGGCCCUCUCCCUCCCGCCAUUUUCGAGCUCGGCAACUUAAGGAUCCUCGACAUCAGCCACAACGACUUCAAGUCGGAUUUCCCGCCUGGGAUUUCAAAGCUCAGGUUUUUAAGAAUCUUCACCGCUUACAGCAACAGCUUCACCGGCCCAUUGCCUCAGGAAUUCAUCAAACUCCGGUAUCUCGAGCGGCUCAACCUUGGCGGAAGCUACUUCGACGGCGAAAUCCCGGAAGGGUACGGAAGUUUCCCGAGAUUGAAAUUCCUUUACCUCGCCGGAAAUGCACUUAACGGUUCAAUUCCACCGCAAUUGGGCUUCUUAUCGGAGCUGACCCGGAUGGAGAUCGGGUACAACGAGUAUUCAGGUGGGUUUCCUGCACAACUCGCAAUGCUGUCAAAUCUCACGUACUUGGACGUCUCCAACGCCUUUCUCUCCGGCGCUCUCCCGUCGGAGCUCGGCAACUUAACCAUGCUCGACACAUUGCUGCUCUUCAAGAACCGAUUUUCGGGAUUUAUUCCGGCUACUCUAGGCCGCUUACAGGGUCUGAAGACUUUCGAUUUGUCGGAUAAUCAGCUCUCCGGCUCAAUCCCACCGGAAAUUGUAACGUUGAAAAGGCUGACUAAUAUAAGCCUGAUGAACAACUUUCUCGUCGGAGAAAUCCCGGAAAAAAUGGGAGAGCUGCCCAACUUGGAAAACCUCCUCCUCUGGAACAAUUCACUGACGGGUGUCCUCCCCCAGAGCUUAGGAUUCAGUGGGAAGCUCCUGCGAGUCGACGUUUCCUCCAAUUCUCUCACCGGACCGAUCCCGCCAAAUCUCUGCAAUGGCAACAAGCUCCAAAAGCUCAUACUUUUCUCCAACAGGUUCACCGACCCACUUCCCAAAACGUUAGCAAACUGCAAUUCUCUUUUACGACUCCGAAUCCAGGACAACCAAAUCAAUGGGUCGGUUCCGACGGGUUUCGGGUUGUUACCCAAUUUGACCUACGUCGAUUUGAGCGGCAACAAUUUCACCGGCGCGAUACCUGAAGAUCUCGGCAAUGCCGAAGAGCUCAGUUACUUGAACAUUUCACUGAACCCACUUCACUCAGUCCUUCCGUCGAACAUUUGGCGUGCACCAAAUCUCCAGAUCUUCUCCGCCAGUUCCGGCCACCUCACCGGUAAAAUCCCCGACUUCAUCGGCUGCAAAAGCCUGUACAAGAUCGAACUCCAACGUAACGACUUUAACGGCUCGAUCCCGUGGGACAUCGGGCACUGCGAGAAGCUUCUCAGCUUGAAUCUGAGCCGCAAUUCUCUCACCGGCAUUAUCCCAUGGGAAAUCUCCGCUUUGCCCUCCAUUACCGACCUCGACCUCUCCCGUAAUUUUCUCUCCGGCACGAUUCCGUCCAACUUCGAGAACUGUAGCACGCUGGAGAGCUUCAACGUUUCGUUUAAUUUGUUGACCGGUCCGAUCCCGUCCGGUUCGAUUUUCCUGAAUCUCCAUCCGACGUCGUUUUUGGGGAAUGAAGGAUUAUGUGGCGGCGUUCUGGGGAAGCCCUGUGACACGUUGUCAGCCGGAGCCGUGGACGUUCGCGGCCACGAGCAGCCGAAGAAGACGGCAGGCGCGAUAGUAUGGAUUAUGGCGGCUGCUUUCGGUAUCGGGCUUUUUGUUCUCGUUGCUGGGACCCGCUGCUUCCACGCCAAUUACAGCCGUCAGAUGGACGAAAGUCAGCAGAUCGGACCGUGGAAAUUAACCGCUUUCCAGCGGUUAAAUUUCACGGCGGAUGACGUGUUGGAGUGCCUGGAGAUGAGUAAUAAGAUUAUAGGGAUGGGGUCCACGGGGACGGUUUAUAGAGCUGAGAUGCCAGGUGGCGAGAUCAUAGCGGUGAAGAAACUGUGGGGGAAACAGAAGGAGAACAGUAGUAUUGUGAUCCGACGGCGAAGAGGAGUUCUGGCUGAAGUGGAGGUGUUGGGGAACGUUAGGCACAGGAACAUUGUGAGAUUGUUAGGAUGCUGCUGCAACAGGGACAUCACCAUGCUGCUCUACGAGUACAUGCCCAAUGGCAAUUUAGAUGAUCUGUUGCAUGGCAAAAACAAGGCUCAGAAUUUGGGGGCGGAUUGGGUCACGAGAUACAAGAUCGCCCUCGGCGUGGCGCAGGGAAUUUGCUACCUGCACCACGACUGUGACCCGGUGAUUGUGCACCGUGAUCUUAAGCCGAGUAAUAUCUUAUUGGAUAGUGAAAUGGAGGCUAGGGUGGCAGAUUUCGGGGUGGCCAAGUUGAUCCAGAGCGAUGAGUCCAUGUCUGUCAUCGCCGGCUCCUAUGGCUACAUUGCACCAGAAUAUGCUUAUACCCUACAAGUAGAUGAAAAGAGUGAUAUAUACAGCUAUGGGGUGGUGCUGAUGGAGAUCUUAAGCGGGAAAAGAUCGGUCGACGCCGAGUUUGGAGACGGGAAUAGCAUUGUGCAUUGGGUUAGGUCGAAGAUCAAGAUGAAAGACGGGAUCAAUGACGUUUUGGACAAGAAUGCAGGGGCGGGUUGCGAGCCGGUGAGGGAGGAGAUGAUGCAGAUGCUUAGGAUUGCUUUGCUCUGCGCGAGCCAGAACCCCGCGGACCGGCCGUCGAUGAGGGACGUGGUGUUGAUGCUGCUCGAGGCCAAGCCCAAGAGGAAGUUGCUAGCUAGUGUUGGGCAUGGCCACAAUGGGAGUGGUUGUGCUGAGUAUCAUGAUAUUCCUUUGCCACAAAAGCCAGCAGCGGAAUGUUAAUAGGAUUAUUUAUUACUUUUAAAAGCCUUAGAGGGGUUUUUAAUUUUUUUUGGGUUUUUUUUUUUUAAUGUUAUUUUUCAAAUGGUGGGGAUUGGUAUAGGAGAAGUGAUUUCUUAUUUUACUUUUAUUUUAAUGGAAAUUUUCUCAAGUGUUA